AUGGCCUUCUUCCCGCGAACUUUUUACAACUCAGAAUCCUCCUUCACUCCUCUCUUCCGUCUCCUUGACGACUUCGACAACUACAACCGUCAGGGUACUGGCCAGCAGCAAGGCCGACGCUCGGGUUUGCCCACCUGGCAGCCCAAGUUCGACAUUCGCGAGACGGGCGACAACUAUGAGCUCCACGGCGAGCUCGCGGGCAUGAACAAGGACAACGUCCACAUUGAGUUCACCGACCCGCAGACCAUGCUCGUUCGCGGCAGGGUCGAGCGAACCUACUCGGCUGGGACUCCGCCCGCUGGCCACAUCGAGGACGCGCCCGCAAACGACGCCAUCACCGAGGGGGCCGACGAGUCCAAGCCUUCGCACCGUGCCACCGUCGAGGAUGAUGAUCAGAACGCAGCCAGCACCCAGAAGCCGGCCUCUGACAACAAUGGUGCUGUUGCCGAGCACAAGGUCGAGCACAAGAAGUCCGCCGACAAGGCCAAGUACUGGCUCACCGAGCGCAGUAUCGGCGAGUUCUCGCGCAGCUUCAACUUUCCCACUCGCAUCGACCAGGAGGCCGUCAGCGCCAACUUCAAGGACGGCAUCCUCUCCAUCACGGUGCCCAAGAUCAAGAAGCACGAGUCUCGCCGCAUCACCAUCAACUAG